AGCAUGGUCAGCAGGGCGUCAGUUACGUCACUCUUCAUGUGUUUUACUGUCUAUGGUGUUUACUAGUGUUUUGACGAAUUUAACUGGAAUUAUUCCUCAAAACUGUAGCUUGGUUGUUCAUAUCCUAAAAUAAGAUGUCACAGAAAGAUCCUUGUCAAAAACAGGCUUGUGCCAUACAGAAAUGUUUACAAGCCAACAAAUACAUUGAAAAGCGUUGUGAGGAUGUGAUUCGAGACAUGAGGAAGUGUUGCGAAGUCCAUGAAAACUCUGUCUGCUGUUCUGGAUUUGCCAAGGAACACAAAUCAAAAGACACAAAGACAUUAAUUCAAUAGAAGGAUAUUAAAUGUGUGUAUAUGUUCUGCAAGAGAUCAAUGUAGACUUUUCAAGGACAUGUGAAAUACAUAUUUAUCAGACUUUGUAAUUGUGUGGAUUUAACAGUCAUUCUUCUCCUGUCUCUAAUAGAUUACACAUUUAAACUCUCAUUUAAUCAAUGAGCUGCCUUAUUUGGCUAUAACUAUUUAUUCAACCUAGUAGUUUAGUUUAGAGAGAAUGUUGAUUAUUCAUUUAACAUAUAGUGUCCAUCAGAGUAAAUUUCUUUUUUAUGUAUAGCUCAUUUCAUAUUUUAUUUAAGUGACACUGAACACCAGUUGGUCAAGUUAAGAUUUCCAAAAGUUUGAAAAUACAGCAGGGAUACUCAUUCACAAAAUCAAAAAGAAAAUGGAACAUCAUAAUCAUGAUGUGGUAAGCAUUAGCUGUAA